CUCGAUAGUUGGGAGGAAGUGGCAUCCCUUCGAUGCCGGGGUCGUGGGUGGAAUAUUGUCACCGCGAUGACCCCGCGCGCGUGGGAUAGGAGGUGACGCUACUGACAACAGCACGCUGCGUGUACCGUCAUGCAGCAGCACGAGCAGAGACACGAGCCGGCUGGCGAUUACUGCUAUCAGCAGUGGGUCGGGCAUCACCAUCAUCAGCACCAGCAACUGCAAGCCACUCAGCCGCAUAUCGGUGCCGUGCCCUCGCCCAUGCAACAGAUGGAAGCGUGUCUCCAGACGGCGGGUGGUAGCCACAGUGGUACAACAAAAAAACCGGGAUCGCCGUCAAGUCUCCCGGACAGCAUCAUCACGAGCAACAGCACCGUCUGCACUACGACAAGCCUGUCUUCUUCUCGCCCGGAUUCUAACUCCUGCCGAGGACUGAACGACAGCAAUAACAACAGCACACGCAGCGAGGACGAAAGCAUCCGGACACAGCAGCAACAUCAGCAGUUGAAGAGGCCACUGCAUGUUGCUUUGGUCGGGACUGGUGCCACGCUCGAGGCCAGAGCACUGUGGGAGGAGUUCCACCAGCUCGGCACCGAGAUGAUAGUCACCAAGGCUGGCCGACGGAUGUUCCCUACGUUUCAGUGCCGACUGUUCGGCCUCGAGCCCAACACCGACUAUUUGCUGGUGAUGGAUUUUGUGCCGUGCGACGACAAGCGAUACAGGUACGCUUUUCACAGCAGCGCCUGGGUGGUGGCCGGCAGGGCGGAUCCCGUCUCGCCGCCUCGCAUUCACGUCCAUCCCGACAGUCCGGCCAGCGGGGCGCACUGGAUGAAACAGCCCGUGUCGUUCGACAAGCUCAAGCUAACCAACAAUCAGCUCGAUGAUAAUGGACAUAUAAUCCUGAAUUCGAUGCACCGCUACCAGCCACGUUGCCACGUGGUCGUGGCUCCGUCGCCACCGGGCUCGUCGCCAGACCCACGUACCGAAAACUUCAAGACUUUCUCAUUCCCGGAGACCCGCUUCACGGCAGUGACGGCCUACCAGAACCACCGGAUAACUCAACUGAAGAUAGCCAGCAACCCGUUCGCCAAGGGUUUCCGUGACUGCGAGCCGGACGAUUGCGACGGGAGCACCAGUGCUGCCACCAAUGCAUCCGCGAGCCCUGCACCCAAACGUGUACCAGCUUGUUCAGUGGCUGCGCAGAGCGCGACCGCAAACCCAGAACAACAUCAUCAGUUCUACGCGACGCCCGCCGCGCACUGGUCCUACCCCCCGCCACAUCAAAGCGUCGGCCCCACGCAUCACUACACCGGACACCAUACACACCCCCCUACGCUUUAUGGUCCCCGGUAAAGCCUUUUUUGCGGGCAAUGCACGUCGCUGUGUUAUUGACUAUUUUUCCUCUUCUUCCUUUUCUAAGUCACUACAUUAAUUUAUAUGAUUUCGUUGUAAUAAGAUAGAAAGUUUAAGCACGAACCAGUUACAACCUGUACGUGAACUGGUUAUAACAUGUUUGUAAACUUUAGUUCUUAGUGAGUGUAUGUGGAGGGGGUGUUUGUUUAUUUAUUUGAAUGAUAAUAGAAGGAGCGAGCUAAUUUUUUCUAAGUUUUAAGAUGUUCGGAAUUUUACGUAAGAAUAAUUAGAAAUAAUCAUAUUUUGUACGUUAAAAACAUGAUAUUUACAUUGAUGAGCGAUUUCGUAAGGAAAUGGAAAGUAUUAAUCUAAGGAUCUGCAGAAGUAUGAAAAAAUAAUGCGAUACAAUAGUUAAUGUUUCAUGGAAAAAAUGUUAGUGUAAAACCUUUUCUUAAUAGACAAGUUAUCAUUGUCUUUAGAAGAAAACUUUUUAAAA